UUUUCAAAUCUCGGGUAACAUUCAUAAGCAUAUAGGUAAACCCCUAAAGAGGUAAUAAGAUCAGUCUAAUUUGUUGUCUGUAGCUCAUCGGUUGUAAAUCUUACCCGUACUCGAACGCGAAAUGUGUGAAAUUACCAUCAAUAAUAAUGAAACUGUUCAUUUUUCGGAUGACCAAAUAAUGGACAAAGUGUUGCAAACACGAUAUGAUCACGCAGCACAAUAUGUUGAGAAUUAUUCUCAUUUAUUCAGAUACAAAUCCCGCUGGGAGUUGGUCCGCAUGACCAUGAUCAUCGUCAGCAUCCAGUUUACGUAUGCCGCCGAAACCGCAUUCGUGUCACCCAUUUUGCUGGGCAUUGGAAUACCGCACAAGUACAUGACCAUGAUUUGGGCCAUUUCUCCGGCCCUUGGCUUCUUCUUGGCUCCGCUGGUGGCCUCGGUGAGUGACCAGCUGCGCUCCUCUUGGGGGAGAAGGCGUCCGAUGAUACUUACUAUGACCAUCAGUUUGAUGCUUGGACUGAUUAUUCUACCGUACGGAAGUACAAUUGGACAUUGGCUGGGCGACGAAGAUAUUCCUCCGCGGGAUAUGAGUGGAUUUCGGUGGGGAAUCUUGAUCACCAUUAUAGGGUUAAUAAUGGCGGAUUUUAGUGUGGAAACGACGAACGGUCUGUCCCGGACCUAUUUCUUAGACAUGUGUAUUAAAGAGGACCACCCAACUGUUCUGACCGUGGCUGUGAUGAUCGGAGGAAUUGGUGGCUUCAUUGGAUACUUGCUUGGAGCUAUUGACUGGUCGAAAACGAACGUCGGAACAAUGUUGGGAUCGAAUGAAGCCACUGUCUUUGCUGCAGUUGUCAUCAUUGUGCUGAUUGGAACUACUAUUACGUUAACAAGUUAUCGGGAAGUUCCUCUCGGCAUAUUGGAACAGGAUGAAAUGCUAAGACCCAUCUCGAAAGCAGCAUUUGAGGAAGAGAAAAAACGACAGAUCAAUCUCACACGAGUCAGCAGCGUGAUUUCGAUAGAACGUGCAACAGCCGAAGAAGCACAAAUUCAUCAUGAGGACCGCAACGAGCAACCCCUGAAUCUCGAACUGUUCUUAACUAACCUUAUAAAGCUCCCUAAAGCAUUGAAAAUACUGUAUCUCACGCAGUUUUUGUCACACUUAGGCUACCUUAGCUAUUGCCUUUACUUCACGGAUUUUGUUGGUAGAGAAAUAUUCGACGGUGAUGCAACGGCAGCUGAGGGUUCGCUCGAAUUAAGCCAAUACGAUGAAGGAGUCCGUUAUGGAUGCCUAGGCAUGGCCAUUUUUGUGCUGAGUUCUGCUAUUUAUUCUUUGGCAAUCGAAAAAAUGAUUCAACUGUUCAGCGCAAGAUCGGUUUACAUCGGUGGACUGCUGCUGAACAGCAUAGGGAUGAUGUUGGUUGCUGCUAUCAAAUCCAAGCUUACGGUCUUUGCUUGUUGUAUUACAAUGGGUGUCGAAUAUGCUACGAUAUAUUCUUUACCGUUCCUUUUGAUAUCAUUGUACCAUCAGAAAAAAUCGUUCGAUAUGAUUGAUGGACAAUACAUUCGUAGUGAGCAGAAUCGAGGGUUUGGAGCGGAUAUUUCGAUUCUCAGUAGCAUGCUUUUUCUUGCUCAGGUUAUUAUAUCACUCGCUAUUGGGAGUGUGAUUGAUGCCUUCGGUAGUACAACUAUAGUGGUUUAUUCGGCCAGUCUGUUCUCUUGUUUGGCUGCCUUCUCAGCAACGCAAAUUAUUUACAUGGAUCUCUAAUAUCUAAUCUACAAUGCUUUGUGAUUAUGCUAUUGCAAUGACAACCUGCUGUUUUCUAUCCUUUACUGUAUCCCAUACUAUGGGUAAUCUCAAUCAGUCCAAAUGGUGUAACUGACACAAGCAUAUGUUAUAGAUUUUGUUGAAAUGAUGUGAUAAAUAUGAAAAUAAUAAUAAUAUAAAUAUAGUUCUUA